AUGACAAAAUUCUACCAUGUUCGAAGCCGGCGCCCAAGGCUUAAGCUUGUUUUGUGCGUGGCUUUGGCUUUUUGUAUUGCUUCGUUGUUCACCAGCCAAUUUUCCGACUACCGCUGGGUCAGGACGCCCGAGGUAUGUCAGGGUAACCCUACGAUAGGCAAGGUGACCAUGAUUUACGGGAACAAUUCGAUAUAUGAACGGGCGUUGGAUACGCACAGAGAACACAGUCGGCGACUGGGUUAUCCUUUAUUUGUUCUUCGCACACCGAUACUUGACGGCGUCUGGAAUAAGUACGCCAUUCUUCUGUCAAUCUUGCUACAGGAGCUGGAGAAACCGCUCGAUCGUCGAUUGCGGUGGCUUUUCUGGUCCGAUGGCGACACCGUGUUAAUGAAUCCCGACAUGCCAUUGGAGACUUUCUUGCCUCCGCCAGAGUUCUCAGAUAUCCACAUGGUCUUGACAAAGGACUGGAACGGGAUGAACAACGGGGUGUUCCCCAUUCGUGUCCAUCCCUGGGCCGUGGAAUUGCUCUCUGCUGCCAUUGCUUACCCCGUUGUGAGGCCGGACGUCGAGCUUUUCUGGCCUGACCAGUCAGCGCUAGCCAAUCUCUUGCAAGAAAAUGAGUACUUCUCCCGAUCAGUCGUAUACUGCCCGUUGCGUUGGUUCAAUGCAUAUAUGAGGCAGCCAAAUGGGGAAGAGCUGAAUCCCGAUUCGCCAGCGUAUCUUCAGGUUCACCCAGGGGACCUUCUUGUUCACUUCCCCGGAACACCGCGUGACAAGUUGACCCAGACAUUGGAACCAUAUCUUGCCAUAGCAGAAAGCCAUCGGCCGGAGUGGGAGGUACCCCUCGAGAGGACAGGGUACAUAGAGGAGACGAAGAGGUUCUGGGAAAGCAUGCAUCGCUCGUCGAGGAGUAGGUAG